AUGAAUUACUUUGAUCACCUUGAGGCAGCUAUGCAAAAGCACAUUGAGGCCCAGACGGUGAAGGUGAACAGUGCCUCCGCCGAAGAGUUCUGGUUCGACUGGUGGUGCCGCCGAUGGCACGGAGUUGCUACGGACUUGUCAGACCUGGAAAGGCAACAAUGCACCUUUACCCUUUCAAAUCUUGGAAUGUUUGGUGUGGAUCGCUUUGAUGCCAUUUUACCGCCAGGAACUGGUGCAAUCAUGGCUGUUGGAGCAUCUCAGCCCUCCGUAGUUGCUACAUAG